AACAGACUAAUAAUCUUUUCAGAGCAGAUGACUGUAGAGGGGGAUAAAUUUUAUUGUUUUUGUAAACAAACCACACACGAUGAAUGAGUUUUACUUGAGACUGUAGAAGAAGUUGAUCGUAAAUAUGUAAUGAUUAUAAGUGAAAAAAGAAGAGCAAGAAUUAUAUGAUGAAUGUAGAAGAUCCAAAAAGUGAUGGUAAAUCAUUUACUGGCGAUCCUAGUGAAGACAAUGAGGAAGCAGGUGCAGCCCUGGUGGAUGGCAUUGAGAAUGAGGAGGACCCAUGUGGAGAGAUGGAUGGUGAUUCAGUGCCAUUGUUUUUUGUCAUGGACUGUGAAGCAUCGUCUGGUGUACCCUACAGAGAUGACAUUGUGGAGAUUGCUCUCAAGUGUUGGCCGUACAGAGAUAAUGUUGAAGAUUCCCUUUUCUACAGUCUAAUUCACACUUCAAAAUAUCUCUGUAAAUUUGCAAAGCAGCAUGGAUUUAGUAAAAAACUACUAAAGAACCAACCAACUUUCAAGGUGGUUAUGAAUAAGCUGUUGGAUUGGAUAAAGAAGUCAGUAUCUACGGCUUCUCAGUACAUGAAUCUUUCCCUUUUUCCAGUUUUACUUUGUCAUGGUGGAGAAGGAUUUGACUAUCUGUUGUUGUUUAGUCAACUGGAAAGAACAGGGAUAUCCUUCCAAAGACUUGAGGAACUAAACCUGCAUUUUGCAGAUACAUUCCCUUAUCUUGAAAUGUAUCAAACAGCAAAGCAUCCUCUGUUGGUCAAUUGUGGAUCGCUGGGUAUAAAUAAUUUGAUACAGCAAUGGUUCGGACCUCAUAAUGAUAAAGCAUUCCAUCGUGCCCAAAAUGAUGCAGAGGAGACACUGAGAUUGUUUUCCCAGACACCUCUGUUUGGUUUCCUGCAGGAUAUUCCAAUAUACACUACCGCAGAAUGGAUUGAGUACUUUGAGUAUAAGAAGUAUGCAAAUAAAAUAAAAAGAGAAUUGGAAGAAAAUUUACCAGCUUCCAUCUCCGGUGCUCAGAGGAAAUUUACAAUCAGGUUGCUUGUACGAAAUGGUUUAGACUUGGACAGCCUGAAAGCACUAUACAGGGAAUGCACUGAGCCCCAUCAUUUCAGACAGGAACUGGUUGACCUCAGCAUGAAGGGGGUAACUGCAUCAAAGCUGAUGACACAUUUUUAUAGCAAAGGAAUUCACCAAGUUGGUACCAAAGAGUAUGCUGUGAAGUUAAAGGAGAAUAUGCAACCACAGGAGUGGACAUGUCAAACUAACGCCCGUGGACGGAAGUUCAGUCGCCAUGUUGCCAAUGUUCUUCCCCCAAUCUUUCCUUUGGGUGGUUCUGGUUUUAACUUUGAUGAUGCUACAGAAGCUAGCCAGGCUGAGGGCUUAAAAGAUAUCAUGGAGAGCUUUACCAAAUUCCAGCUGCAGUUGAGCUCUUCUGCUAUGACGUGUGGAGACCAGAAGUGUUGGAAUCUGCCACCAGAAUUCUGGAACAGUAUUGAUUUAUCGGCAGAAAGAAUAUAUACGGUAGAUGAAAACACUUAUUUACCUGAGUGGCAAGAUCCAGAACAAGACUGGCAGUGUGAAACCGUUGAUGAUUUUGGAAGGGAGGCACUGCCACCAACACCAUUUGGUGGCAGAGAACCUCCUCCACCACUACUACCAACACCACUUGAUGCCAGAGCACCUUCUGCACCACUGCUACCAAUGCCACUUUGUGCCAGAGAACCUCCUGCACCAUUACUACCAACACCACUUGGUGCCAGAGAGGCUCCUUCCCCACUGCUACCAACACCAACUGGUGCCAGAGAGGCUCCCUCUCCACUGUUACCAAUACCUCUUGGAGCCAGACAACCUUUUGCCUCCUUUAGUUACGACAGUGAUGAAAUCAGGCACAGACCACUUGUACCUUGUGAUCAAAUUCGCCAAGAAAGUGUCAGUGCAGAAUACAAGAACCAAAAGCAAUUUAUUAAACUUAAAAAGGGAAGGCACAUGCAGCAAAAUAGUGAAAUCAGGAAGAAGAAUAACAGAAGAGGUAGAUCUCAACAUCAGCAACAACAAGCCAAUAAUUGUGGACAAAAGUAUCCUUCAAAGGACAGCAUAUUGCAUGUGAAGAGUGGACAUUCUUUUGAGAAGGUUUUUUCUGGUCAUACUGCCCAGAUCAAUGGUGGUCACAUUGCCAAGGCCAAUGAAGGUGACACUGCCAAAUCCAAUGAAGGUCACACUGCCCAAGCCAUCGAUGGCCAUACUGCCCGAGCCAAUGAUGGUCACACUGCCCAGAUCAAUGGUGAUCAUACUGCCCAGUACAAUGAUGGCCAACCUGCCUGGGACAAUGAUGGUCACACUGUCCAGACCAAUAAUGAUCACACUGCCCAGGACAAUAAUGGCCACACUGGUCAAGCAAAUGAUGGUAACACUGCCCAGAUCAAUGAAAGCAACACUGCCCAGGACAAUGGUGGUCAGACUGCCCAAGCCAAUGGUAGUCACACUGCUCAGGACGUUGAUAAUCAAUUUGUAGAACAAGGUGCUAGAAGAAAAACUUACAAGUGUAAACCAUGUGAAAAUAAGAAACAGGGUAACGAUUUUAGGUACAAACAUGGGAAUGAUGGGUACACAAAUGAGCAUCAAGAUUUUAAGGAGACAAAUAAUUGGAAAGGCAAAAAAAGUAGUAGAUACAGAAAAACUCCAAGUGAUAGGAAUAAUAAUAAGUACAGUAAUGGGGACAAAUAGUAAUAUAACUGUAAACAAUAAUAUGAAUCACAAUUUUUUUGAGAAUUUAAUAAUUUUACAAUAAUUAUUGAAAUGUGAACAUGCAUCACGAAAAAAUGUAACAUAACACGAAAAGAAUAUUAUGUUUUAGUACUAAAAGUAUGACAUUGAAUGUUUGAACUUUCCAAAAUGUUUCUGAACUUUGACUAUUGACUGUAUUAAAUGCUUGUAUUUAUUGUUUAUGAUAAUAAACAUGAUAUUCAAAACUUC